AUGCAAAAUAUAAAUUAAUUAUCUGCUCGUAUAUAAUAAAGCAUCUCUAAGUAACUAUCAACAAGAACAGAUUAAACUGAUAGUCAAAUCUUGAACUCAUCUGAUACCUAAAAAUUGUUGAAGCAAAUCUACAUCAUCAAAGAAAGUGAUAAAAAAAAUAAAAAACCCAAAUUUACAGCUGUUAAACAAAACUUGUAAUUUCAAUUUCUCACAGAACCAAAAUAAAUUAAUAUUAAAUAGUUUAUUUAGAAAGAACAUACAUUUGAGGAAAAAAAAAAAAAUUCUGUUGAUGUUACUAAUAUAGGUGAUUAAACUUGGAGAAUAGAGAGAUAGAUGAGACAAAGUUUAAACUUUAAAGAUUUACACAAGUUGGAUGAAUCGAUCGCCAUUGAUAUUCUUAAUAGGUAGAUGGGAAAUACUGAAACUAAUUUUUAUGAAUUUAAGCCAAAGUCUUAAAGGAGAGCAAAAAGUCAACAAGUGAAAAAAAGAGAUAUCGUGAAUAUAACUAGUAUUCCUUUCACUAUUCCCAAAAAUAACAAUCACUUAAAUAAAACUGCUUAUGACUUUAAAGUUACUCACCAAGAUUAAAUUUUAUACAAAUUACCUGUCUCAAAUAUUGGUGUUCCAAUUGUUAAAACAUAAAGAAGUAUGAGAAAAUCCCAUUAUCAUUAUCCUUUCUCUACAAUGAAUAAUUUUAAUUACAGCAGAUUAAACAAAUCCAUCUGGGUAUGUAAUUUUUGA